UCUGAGAAGAUAUCUGGAGUCAGUGUUAUUGGUUUCAACUCUCCACUGUAUUAUGCCAAUGCUGAAUUAUUCGUCAAAAACGUCUACAGAAUUACAGGCGUCAAACCAGAACGAUUCCGAAAAAUUCUGAAAAAAUUGAAUCUAGACAAUCAAUUUACGAUUGGCGAUCCUGAACAGAAAAACGGUACAAUAAGCCAACAAGACUUAGUUCCUAAGGAACAUAUAAGGUUACAAUUAGAGCGAGGAAGUAUCGUUUCAGUAGACUCUUAUAUCAGUACGGGUAGUGUCAGUUCUCUAGGUAAUGAUAAACCAGACGUUGACGAUCCUCGCCCCUUCCAUCAUCUCAUUAUCGACUGCUCGGCCAUGCACUUUGUGGAUCCUGUUGGUGUCAAAAUACUCAAAUUAUUAAUAUCAGAUUAUGAAGGUUGUGGUAUUACAGUUUUCUUAGCUGCUGUAAACGAUGAUGUAUGGCGUAUUUUUGAAGCAACGGAGUUUGUAGAUAAACAUAGUGAUAAGAUAUAUUUAACAGUAUUAGAUGCAGUAACUGCUGCUAGACAAUCUGAGUAUUAUCCUGAUUAUGAGGUGAUGACGCAUAUGUAAACACGUCAUAUAUACUAAGACUAUGUAACUCAGGUUAUAAGAAAAAUGGGCAUUUGGCGUGCUUGAAUGGUGCUAGAACGUGCUUCCUGUAAGAUUUGGAUUAAGUCUGGAAUUUUAUGAAUACUUAAAUCAAAUUCGGCCUUGUAUUAUAUACAUAGAAUACUUCUACCAUUCCGUACGUGAACCUUGCAACAAUGGUAACGAGUUGUAAACUUUAAACCUUUGCUGUUCGGACCACGAAACCUUAAGGUGUGACACAUUUAUGUUACAAUGCAAUAUUUGUUUUCCUGAAAUUGGAAUUGGGUUCCAAUGACGUCAUAGUUAUAUAAAUGUUAUAAUUGUAAUUGUAUAUAAAUGAUUUUUAAUUGGAUUCCAAUGACGUCAUAGUUAUACAAAUGUUAUAAGUGUAAUAGUAUAUGAAUGAAUCCCGAUUUGAAUUGGGUUCCAAUGACGUCAUAAUUAUAUAAUUGUUAUAUUUGUAAUUGUAUAUAAAUGAAUCCCGAUUUGAAUUGGGUUACAAUGACGUCAUAUAUUUGUAUUUGUGAUUGUAUAUAUAUGAAUCCCGAUUGGAAUUGGGUUCCAAUGACGUCAUAUAUUGGUAUUUGUGAUUGUAUAUAAAUGAAUCCCGAUUGGAAUUGGGUUGUGUAAUAAUUAUAUAAAAGUUAUAUUUGUACUUCUAAUUGUAUAUAAAUGAAUCCCGUGAAUAAGGCAUAAAACUUGUAGAAAUAUAUAUUUUAAUACAUGCC